GUGGUUAUUAGCCAGCGGAGCACAGGAUGCGGGAGGUCCAGCCCAGGACACUGUCUUCUAACCCUCACCACCUAGGUCCCACAGUCUGCGGUGCGCAGGUCCCCGCGGCACCUGCUGCUCCCUCCCCACGGGUCCCCCUCCUCCGGUCUCCCAGCCUCUGAAAACUAGGGUCCUUCUCAAAUCCUAGGCUACCCUUUCCCAGGAACGCGCGGAGGCGGGAGAAAAGGACGGCAGGAAGGAGGUGGGGACACAGACGGUCCCAGCCUUCCCCUCCCGCCACCCCCACCCCAACUCGGCAGCCGUCACGUGGUGCCUGGAGUGGGUGGAGGGGAGAAAAGGCGAGACUUUUUUGGGUGCUCUGGAUCGCCAGUAGUUCUUCAGCUUGAGCCGCCAACUCCACAGGCGCCGCUCUGGGCUCGGGAGCGCUAACAAGAGGAGUCCGGGACCCGCAGCUAGGAGCCCCUGCGCGGGCGAUGCGGGCGCCGCGGGCGACACCUGCGGCUCCUCUCGGCGGCAGCAGUCGCCAAGGCGGCAGCAGCAAGGGCCCCAGAAGCUUCAACAGCCACAGCCACUGCGGCCCGGGCAGCCUCCGCUGCGGUCGCCGCCUCUGAUGUGCGCCUGCCCGCUUCCGGCCCCGCGUCUCCGGGAGGAUGUGGGUCCUCGGCAUCGCGACAACUUUUUGCGGAUUGUUCUUGCUUCCAGGCUUUGCGCUACAAAUCCAGUGCUACCAGUGCGAAGAAUUCCAGCUGAACAACGACUGCUCCUCCCCUGAAUUCAUCGUGAAUUGCACGGUGAAUGUUCAAGACAUGUGUCAAAAAGAAGUGAUGGAGCAAAGUGCUGGGAUCAUGUACCGCAAGUCGUGCGCAUCGUCAGCUGCCUGUCUCAUUGCCUCCGCCGGGUACCAGUCCUUCUGCUCCCCGGGGAAGCUGAACUCAGUGUGCAUCAGCUGCUGCAACACCCCUCUUUGCAACGGGCCAAGGCCCAAGAAAAGAGGCAGUUCUGCUUCAGCCCUCAGGCCAGGGCUCCCCACCACCAUCCUGCUCCUCAAAUUAGCCGUCUUCUUGGCACACUGCUGAAGCUGACAGAGAUGCCAUCGCUACCUGCAUUGUUCUUCUGGCCCUCGCUCUUCCACCUCCCCCACCUCUUCUGAGUUGUCCUUUUAUUCUGGGUAGAGAGGGGUGUCUGUUCUCUUUUCGUUCAUUUGCAAAUAAUGAAAGAGCUCCCUGUAAAACACUUUGUAAGCUCUGAAUAAAUUCAGUCGGACUGAAUUUUCAAUGUGUACUCAAGGGAGGGAGUGGAGCAGAAGUGCAGCACCCGGGUUCAUGUUAACCAGCCAGGCAAGGCUGGCAGAAUCAGCCUUUGGAAGCCGCGAAGGUGGGCAUCUGCCUUCCCAGGGCCGCUAGCUUCCAUUCUGUCCCGGAUGGGGCACAGUUAAUUUUGUGACUUGCUUUCGUGGGGGAAGGGCCAGUUCCCACUCAAGGUUUCCUUGUUUGACAUUUCACACUUCAUGCUCCUGAAAACCAUUCUCGACAGCAGAAUUGGCUGGUUUCGUCUCUGAGUUGGGCUGUGGUGACUCCUGACUCAGUUGCUGGGGAUCAGACUCAGACUCGGGCUUGGCCUCACUUUGAAAAGUGCUUAAGAAAACCUUGUUAGUUCUCCUUGCAGAAGAAUUGCGCUGGGAAGCCAAGAAGAUGAGCGGGCUGCGGGCCGAGCGGGCGCUGUCGGUGGUAGAGCGUCCGUGGGCGCGCAGGCGCUUCUCCUGGUUGGCAUGCUCCAGGGUCAGGUGGCAGCGCAGCACCUGCCCAAACACCCUGCGGAACUGCUGCGAGGACACGUUGUACAGGAGCGGAUUGACCACCGAACUGAGGUAGAAGAAGGUGUCGGAGAAGGGUAGGAGGAUCAUGUAUGCCUGGAAGUAGGACCUGGUCCAGUUAUCCUUGGGCUUGGCUGCAGCCAUGAUCCUUCGAAUCUGGUUUGGCAUCCAGCAUACUGCUAAUGUCACAACGAUCAGCCCUGAGGAGGAGAGGGAGAAAGAGAGAGGAAGAGGGGGAAAAAACAGCAUGAGAACAAAAAUAAAUAAAUAUAAAUAAAUAAAUAAAAACAAACAUAAAAUAUUUAGCCCCUUGGUUCUGUGCUUACUGGCCAGGAAAUGGUACCAAUUUUUCAAUGUUGUGCUUGACAGCUUCUUUUGCCACUAGCAAAAGAGAAUUUAACGCUGUUUCAAGCUCGGGGGAGUUGGCUGUGUUAAAGACCAUUAAAUGCUUUAGACAGUGUAUUUAUACCUGUUGAUGCCUGUUAAUUUUAAGAAUGUUUUCAUUGUUGCUUGUGUAUCCAGGAAACAUUUCAUGUUGUCCAUAAAUCUGAUUUUGUCUUUUUGUUUUAAAGCAACAGAUGUCUGCAUACUGUAUAGCCAUAUUAGAUGAAAUGAUAUUUGUAUUUUAAAGAAGGUCUCCACAAAGAAGACCCAGUGAUGUUUUUUAGUCAAGUGGAAGGAAUUUUUUCUCUAAUGAAGAAGCAUAUUUAGCAAAACCAAUUUUGCAUUCAAUUCCCAAGGAAGCAAAAUCGGGGAUAGUCAGUCACUGAGAAUGUUUUUUUGGACAAAUAUGUGCUAGCUAUGCACACCUAUAAUUAUGAUGCUCACAUCUGCAACAGCACCUCUGCUUCUUUUCAAACACUUAGAUAAAUCACCUCUUCCGCCUUCAUGUGGGAAACAUUCUCCAAAAACAAAACAAAAAAUAAAUAUACAUUCAACUUUUUUUAAGUUCAACCAGGAACGUGCUCACUGACUUUGUAGCUCAGUGUCAGCAGCCCAGAAUUCAUGGGGCCCUAGCAAAGGGACACCAUUCAGUGGCCCCUGCGUGAAUCAAAUGUUGGCUGCAUGAACAUCUAUUUGCAUGUCCACAUGCCUGCAGAGGAUUUAUAUAAUCAUUGCUAUCUAUGAUUCUGACAGAUACAGAGAUGCUAGAUACAACACAAACAACUAAAAUUGCCGUUAUCAUGAGAGUUGAUCUACAGUGACAAAACAAAACAAAAGGAAGAUCAGGGAGUCGGCAGGGCAUUUGCUCUCUUUUCUAGAGAAAGUAAGAGCACAGAACAUAAGUUCCCAUGUAGAGAGCUGAUAUCUUAAAGUAGUAUUUACGUUUUUCAGGAAUGCUUCCUCCCUCUUCUAAAUUGGAGUCAUAAUCAUAAGAAAAAUCCAUUCACAUUUUCAAAUCUUCUGAUUUUUCUAGGGGAGUGAUGGUCAGCAGUGAUUACUUCUUGCCUAUGAUUGAUGGCAAAUAUUAUUAAUAAAUGUUCCAGGAAAAUAGCCAUGUGCCCAUGCCCUGCCUGACCAUACUGCACACACUUGCUUGACCAUCCCUUGCGCAGAAAUAUCUACCCUAAAGACAAGUCCUCUACAAAGCCUGUCUAUCAGCAACAAGGGCCUAGAAAACUCAGCUCUCUUGUUAAUUUCCAAGUGUUCUUCCUGUUAGACCUCAGCCUAGUCUUUGAAAUAUAAACCAAUUUGCUUAUUUCUUCUCUUUGAAUUUGCUACCCUGAGAACAAUCAGUACAUCUAAAAAUAAAAAUAGGCAAAUAAACAUAUUGAUCAGAUGAAAAGGCAAAAAAAAAAAAGUACCAACUUAAGUCAAGAGUAUAUUCUGAAUCACCUAGUUACAGGUGCUAGGUGAGAACAAAAAAGUCAACAUUUUUCUGAUUUAAAAAAAAACACUUGCAUAAGAAACAGGGAGCUUUUUUCAUGACCUUGAGGAGCAUGGAUGCUUCUAGCCACCUGUGCUAUCACACAUUAGUUCUUGAGUUUCUGCUCCUUGUGUUCAUCUCAUGCAGUUCUGAGUGAGUAGUUCUUCCCAUCUCAUUGUGAGGGAGCUAGGAAGCUUCCCGUAUCUGGGGAAGCUAUGUAUCUUCACAAAGUUUUACAGUUUUUUUUUCUCUUCCCUGUCACUGUAUUUCACAAAACAACUACAUGUUAUUUCUGAGAAUAUGGAAAUUGAGUGCAUGGUUUUAGAUAUGUGAGAUGCUACACUGUGGGAGGUUGUUCUUCUGGUGGCAGAAUCUAGGAAGGAGGUGAGAAGCACCUUGUCCUUACCAGGGACUGAACAUUGCACAGCUUUUAAAAUCAACAGGCAAGAACCAGGAGAAAGAAGGCAGGGAGUGGGGAGUUGGGCAAGGGGGAAGAAGUUAAAAAAAUGCUUCUCUUCUUCCCUGUUUGUUUCUCCUUUUCUUGAUCUUUUGCUCACACAACCCUUAUUCUGUUAGCUUCCCAUAUGCACUUGUCUGGUCUCAACUGUCCUUGACAAAUCACCCCAUCAAAAGAAGCAGAGUUGAGUAAAAGGCAAGACCUAGCAUCCAGGCAGGAGAAAAGGAACAGGGGCAGAUCAAGUGCUGUAUCUUGCUUUGCAGUUUUAGCUGGGAUAAAAUUCUUGCCCUGAAAUUGAAAUGAGUUAGUAAGUGGGGAAAGAGCUCAGUCUGAAUAAGUAGCAGAAAAUAGGGAAUCAGAUCAGAGAUUCUCAAUGAUAAGAAAAAGAAAGGAGAAUUCAUGUUUCUGGGGAUAGAAAUAGGUAGACGUGACAGCAAGUACAAACCUGAAGAUCAAGCGACACAAGGAUCUGAAUUAGAAAUGAACCAGAAUUUUAAAAUUAUGCAUCUGACAGGUCUUGAGAUGCAACCAGGAAUAAUGCUGAAUAGUUACUGAGUUUUCUCCAUGCCAGUUUCUGUACUGAACACUCUACUUAUUUGUUAUGUGUUUCUCCUGACAUCAACCUGGUGAAUUCUGACCAGGGAGGUCAAAACAGCAAUUCAUUUAACAAAUGAGAAAGUUUAGGCUCAGAGGAGGUCAGCUGCCCAAAUGUUACAGCCAGGACAUGGGCUUGCCUGGUUCCAAAAUCCACGAUAUCUAUUUUUCUCUCAAAACACAAUGUUGUCAGCUUGAAAACUACAGAAGUAAAGCCAAAAAGUAAACCUUAACUAGAUUCUACCAUGUAAAAUGAACAUAGAGCUGCCCUGCCCAUUGAAAAUAUAUAAUGUAAGCCAUAUAUUUGAUUUAAAAAUUUCAGGUAAUCACAUUCAAAAAGUAGAGAUAGCUGAAAUCAAUUUUAAUAGUGUCCCCUAAUUAAAUGCACACUUAAUUGAAUUUUACAUGUAAUUUCAACAUGUAAUCAAUAUAAAAAUUAUUGAUGAGGUGUUUUUACAUUCAUUUUUUUCAUACUACGCCUACAAAACUCAGUGUGACUUUUAUUUUCAUCAUACAUCUUAAUGGGGUCCAGACGCAUAUGGCUAGUGACUCCUGUACAGACAGUAAAAAUGAAAAUAAUCCUUCCUAGCCCCUCCCCAAGGUGUCAAGCCUCCCUAUUUCAUCUUUUUCCCAUUCCCCUACUAAAUGCAGUUUUCCUGGCCAUAUAUAUAAGUUUUGUCUAACCACAGAAGCUCCAAGGAAUCUCCUAUGUAGCCUUUAUUUGCAAUAAUGUAUAUAUUUUUGGUUUAUCAAGUCUUCUCAUAUAAAGCUGUCCAUAGAAGAGAGCUCCAAAUUAUUUAAAGUCUAAUUCUGAAAAUACAAAGAUGUAAUUUUUAUUUCUCACACUAAACUUUGCCUAACCAUUCUGAAAUCGUGCCAGCUACCUGGCAGAACUGUUAGAAUAUACUUUCCCCACCUCAACUAGAGGUGGGAAAAAAUGACUGGUGCCUUUCUUUCUGUGUUUUGAAAGAUAAUUUUGUUCUAAAGAAAAUGGAGCAUUGGGCACUCAGGUACAGUCAAUGACAAAUGUGAGACAUGUACCCAAGGAUGAUGUAAUAGAGGUUAGGCUCUCCAGAAAAGGAAGCCAAACUAGUCCCCUUGUAAAAUUUGUCAUUUUAAUAAUGACAGGUAAUUGCUCACUUUUGCAUCUGAAGAAAAAAAAAUGUUCAUUAUUUGAGAUGAAACACUGUUGAGAAUAAAUACCAUGCCCAAAGGUAACUUUCUAUUCUGGCUAUUUGCAAUUGAUUCAACUCUAGUCCCAGUUACUCUGUAGCUAAGACAAAGCUUUAAAGUCUUAUUCAUGCCUUAAUAGAGAGUAUUAAAGAUUUGACUAAAUUUAUGUUUGAUUGCAAUCAUUUGGAUAUGUAUAUUACACUUGGAAAAAAUCUAUAAUGCUUUGGUCUGUGUAGUGUAAUAUGCAACCCACUGUUAAAUAACAUUAGUGUGAAUUUGAAUGAAGAUCUGUGAUCUGAACUCACUCAUGUAAAGCAGGUAAACUGUUUUAACUAAAUUAUUGAUAGAUCUGCAUUACUGUUCCAGACAACCUUGCAUACUGAGUUAUGAAAUACCUUCAUAUUUUAUCUGUUUUCUUCUGCAAACAGUACUUUCAUUUUUCCUCUUUGAUCACUACACUAAAAUGACAAGAGCCAUUUGAUGAUGACACAGAUUCAUCCUCAGCAGAGUGAUGUUGUUUAAAAAACAGAGGGAAGCAGACAUCCAACAACAUCCUGCACAGUAGCUUGACAUUUCAACAGCAUUUGAGUCAGCCUGCUUGGUUUAAUUUUCAGAAGUGCCUGAGGUUCUGCAGCCUGGGACAUAGCAUCCCUGAUAUAUCUGAUGCUGUGCUUUGUUUUCUCCCCUCUAAACAUUAAAGAGAAGGUAACUAUUUAUGUGUUCCCCAGAUUUUUUCUUAAAGACUCAGAGAAUGGAAGAGUAGGAAGAGAACUUACAGAGGAGGAAAUUUGAGGCCAAGGAAUUUACCCAAGACCUCCAUGGGUCAGGGAAGCAGAAUUCCUUUACCCUGCAGUACUGAUUCCAACACUGGACACUAGCCCAGGUUGCCAAGUGAGGCUAUUUUUUUUUACUAUAGUUCUCUCCAUUCCUUAUUUUAGGCUGAAGUGCUGACCAUUCACAGCAUGGGAUGCAGAGAGGCAGGUCUAUGCAACAUCUCUUCUCAAUAUCUUAAUUCAGCAUUAGAACUAGGUCCUCACAAAAUAGGCAUUUGGAAAAAUUCUGAAGUACAUGAGCCCCUCUCAAAGGAUAAAGCCCCAAUCCGAGGUAGUUGGAGAGUGUUUAAAAAGCAAAAAGUGACUUUAGGUCAUGACCUGGUAUCCUGGCUACAAGGAUUCCACCUAUCUAUCCAUCCAUCCAUUUAUAUCCAUUAAUUGACCUAUCAUUCAUCCACUCAUCAGUCCAUUUUUACCUAUCAUCUAUCUUCUACCUAUCCUUUCAUCCAUGCAUUUAUUUUACAGAAGUAUCUACUAAAAAUAGGUUAUUUAGCUAGUUCUAAGCAGAAAAGAUCUGAAAACUUGAUCUCUCCUUCAAUACAGGUAGCUUGUAUGAUUUAAAUAAAUCCCAAAGAUUUGCUCUUCUACCUGGUAUUGGAGUCACAGUUCACUAAAAUAUAAGAGCUUUGAGGGUACAAUGAGUACAUAGAGAAUGAUUUGGGAUUUCUGUAAUGAUUAUGGCUGCUCUUUCCUUUUCCUGCCUAUUUCUACCCAUAUGUUCCAGUUCUUUCUAACUCUGGUUAUAAUUAGUAAGAAUUAAACCCUCCCUUUGGACUUUCUUGACUCAGAAAAUAUCUUUUAAUUGGCUGUGGUCUAUUACAGACCUUGUCCUAGGUAAAGAUAGUAUGAAGCUGAGGAGAGCAGGGCAGCUGCAGCAGGUUUGCUAAGGACCAUGAGAAUAGUCUUAGCUAAGCAAUUUGCUGACCUUCCCCCAGAAGGAAAGUAAGAUCUGGAAAGGGCAAAGACACAGCAUAGCAUGGGACAGAGGGAUGUAAUAGCACCCUAUCUCUUGAGAACUGCCCUGCUCAAGGUGGCUGCGGCAAAAUCAUGGGCGGAGACGAUGGGAAACUAGCAUGGUUAGAGAAGACUCCAUCAGGGUUUGUGGACAAUAAAUUAACUGGCAUAUAGUAGGGUGAGGAACAUCUGCUGUCAACUGACAUUUAAAUAGCAAUUGCCAGUGGAAAGUAAGCAUAUGGUUAGUUGAAUGAAGAGCCAGGAAAAGAGAAAUAUAUUCAAUAAAAGGUUUUAAUGCUUUCUCAAUUUAUACAUUAGUGUUUGCCAAUCUGCUUCUGCAAACCAGUUGAGACCUUGCUCUCACUCACUGACCUUGUCUGACCCAAGAAACCCAAAUAGAGCACCAACCUAGACAGAUUCUCAUCUCUAAGACCGUGGUUCUUUUUCAAAGAGGGGUCCCUGCAACAGCAGUAUCAGCACCACUUGGGAACAUAACUAGAAAUGCAAAUUUUCAGGCCCCGACCCAGAGGUACACAAUUAGGGACUUUGGGAGUGGAGUUCUGUGAUCAGGAGUGAACAAGUUCUCCAGACGAUAAUGGUGUUUGCUCCAGCUGGAGAAAACAGUCUAAGAGAAGCAUAAAUUGAGGUGAAGCCUGUGUCAGUGAGCAUGGGCCCAAUCACUGUCUCCUGUUUGCCUUUGGGGAAUCAUAUUUUAAUAAGUAUCUGUGGUCUGAACUGACAAUAAUUAAGAAUUGCCUCCCUCUGGUUCCUCUUCCUAAUGACCACCCUGCUAGGUCCUCUCCUUUCUGAGAAGCCAGCUCUCCUUUUUGGUCCUGUUUCAUAUCUUCUUUCUCCCUCUGUAUCCCUUUCCUUCUAUCUUCUUGUUUCCCCCCAUUCCUUUCCUCUUUCACCUCCAUGGGUCUCUCUUUUUACAUGUUUCUCCAGUAUGUUAAGCAAUGGCACCUCCCUUUCUCUCUGGUCUGCUUUUCCUCCCUUUCCACUCCUCCAUGUUUUCCAAGAACCACAAAGCAAGCCACAUGCAACCUUGUCAGCUCAUACCUCUCCUUUUCCAUUAUUUUUCUCAGAUGGGCUUGAGAAGAUGACUGAAUCAGCUGCAGAAUAGCCAGCAGCUGGAUGCCAGGAAGUGCUUCACACUCAUAGCUAAUUUUGCCAAAGUAGAGAGGCUAUAGAUUCAGCUCAAAGGGGAUGUAGCUAGACAUGAACUGAGGUGCACUCACCACUGAGAGCCCCUUCUAGGUCCCAUGUCUUCUGACUCUGCUAAGAUUUUCUUGGACAACUUGCAGUGACUUCUAAGCUUAGUGACCCUUGUCUCAACAAAUCUGCCUCCUUGUCCUCUUAUUGAGAAAUUGUCUUUAGAAGAUAGAAGAGCUGUUGGAGUUUGGUUUCCAAAGAAGGGCACAGGCCACAGAUUUAAAAUGAUGUAAAUGCCACAGAUGGCUGCUUCUGUCUACAAAGACAGAUGGUUUGAUGUCCCAUCCUUGCCCCAGCAAUUUGAUGGAGCCCAGGAACAAAUUCUCUCCUCAGUGUGACUCCAUCCACCAUGUGGAGGCCAGAGACCUCUGAAAUGUGGCACAGAAGCAGAUUCCAAAUGGCCCACAAUUUGAUAACCAUUACAUCCUCAUUAUGCUCUACAAGCUUCAGUACAAGAAGAAAACUAUAAAUCACUACAGUAACAAAUAUAUGUUUCUAAAAUAAGCCCUCCUGUCUAGGAGCUGUAUGACAGCCACUUGCACUCAAAGUAAAUAGCAUUUAGGGUCGUCAUUGUGGUUUAGUGCCUGUGUUCCUUUAUGAUGCAUGGAAAAUGAACAACUGGAAUCCAUUAAAUAAAUAUUUUUCUAUGUGGACCUCAA